AUGGAUGGUAUCAUGAACGGGACUUCGCUAGACGAAGACUACUUCAGAUUGAACGUCACAGUGGAUCAAUGUAAAUCGCAGUUCUACAACGAAUCGCUUCCGGAGCUUUAUCCUCAAGGAUUUUGCAGAGUCACAUCCGACAGCGUGUUGUGCUGGCCUCCCACUCCGAUCAAUCAAACCGCGACGAUCAAGUGCUUCUCGGAGCUGUUCAACAUCAGAUAUGACGAUACACAAAAUGCAACUAGGGACUGUUUAUGGAAUGGAACCUGGUCCAAAUCGGAUUAUUCUUCCUGCAAGGAGAUCAUCGCUAUAUCAGCCAACGUCGAAGCGCAAACAACAAUAUACUUUGUUGGAUAUACGCUUAGUCUGAUCACACUCACCAUAGCGAUAUCAAUAUUCACAUAUUUCAAGGAACUUCGUUGUUUACGGAACACAAUCCAUAUGAACCUCAUGUGGUCAUACAUGCUGACGUACUGUAUGUGGAUUCUAACACUGAUUUCGCUCAAUUUUGGAAGCAGCACGUCCCUAAUGUGUGUUGUGAUGGUUACACUUCUACACUACUUCCAUAUCACAACAUUUUUUUGGAUGUUUGUUGAAGGUCUCUAUCUUUAUAUUCUCGUGGUUGAAACGCUGACGAGGGAAAGUUUCAAGCUGAGAAUUUAUGCAUGCAUCGGAUGGGGUCUUCCAAUGGUGUUCAUACUAUCUUGGGCGAUCGUGAAAAGUUGCAUUUCUGUACCAGGCGAUCCAGCAAACACUUGCCGCUGGUUCGAGAGCCAUCCCAUCGACUGGAUCUACCAGUCUCCAACACUAGCCGUCCUCCUUCUCAACCUCCUCUUCCUCGCCAGCAUCAUGUGGGUGCUGAUCACCAAGCUGCGCUCUGCCCACACUCUGGAGACGCAGCAGUACCGCAAGGCGGCCAAGGCGCUGCUGGUGCUCAUGCCGUUGCUGGGCGUCACGUACGUGAUCACCAUCUACGCGCCCACGCCUACUGGGACUUCCGUGGAUGUGUUCGAGUGCUGGCGAGCAGUGCUUCUGUCGACGCAGGGUUUCACUGUCGCAUUAUUCUACUGCUUCUUGAACACGGAAGUUCAGAACGCUGUUCGUCACCAUUUCGAAACGUGGAAAACGAGAAGAUCAUUGGGACCAAGAGGCUUCAGAGCUAGUAGUCGUAGCAAAGACUGGUCACCCCGAUCGAGAACUGAAAGCAUUCGAUUAUACAGUCAACCCACCAACAUUUAUCACAAGAGGGAGUCGUGUUCUUCUGAAAUUACGACGACAACCCUUGUGACAGUUAAUGGGGGCAGCAAGCGAUCCUCCAAUGCCAAUGAUUCUUCCAAUACGAGAAGUCCGUUUCUACACCCACCAAGAUUAACCUAUGGCGGCAGCGUCUGA